UCGGAGCUGUAGCAGCCAGUAAAUGUUUGCGGAUCCAGAGGCCACAAACAUGUUCAGCUGAGCCGCGAUAGUCGACCAAGAAGUAGUUUGAUCACCGCUGUCUGUGAGCACGACUCGAAAAAUAGGGUCAGUUCACAGGUUAUGCAGCGUUAAUGGUCGGAUCCCAUUCGUCAUGCAGUAUUUUAGUGUCUUUGUGAGCUAGCUCAUAUUGUGUUUUGUUCCGCGGUGUGUGUGUUAUGUGUUGACUGUAAAGAGGACAGUGCGUCACCAUACAAGAUGGACACUCCCGAUGAAGCUGAUAUAUGUAGGGUGUGUCGAUCUGAGGGAACUCAAGACAAACCUCUCUACCAUCCAUGUGUGUGUACUGGAAGUAUUAAGUUUAUCCACCAAGAAUGCUUGGUGCAGUGGCUUAAACACAGCAGAAAAGAGUACUGUGAAUUAUGCAAGCACAGAUUUGCUUUCACGCCAAUUUACUCUCCAGACAUGCCUUCGCGGCUCCCAGUGCAGGACAUUUUCGCAGGAUUGGUUACCAGUAUAGGCACGGCCAUACGAUACUGGUUUCAUUACACGCUUGUUGCCUUCGCUUGGCUGGGGGUUGUACCUCUAACAGCAUGUCGCAUUUAUAAGUGUCUGUUCACUGGUUCAGUAAGCUCCCUCCUGACUCUGCCAUUAGACAUGCUCUCCACAGAGAACUUGCUGGCCGACUGCCUGCAGGGCUGCUUUGUGGUGACCUGCACCCUCUGCGCCUUCAUCAGUCUGGUGUGGCUGCGGGAGCAGAUUGUUCAUGGUGGUGCCCCUUUAUGGUUGGAGCAGAAUCAGCAGCAACCUGCCAAUGCAGCAGGAUUGCCCAAUGAGGCCCCUGGCCCAGGUAAUGGAGGUGCUGAAAACCAGCCCAUGCCAGCCCCAGCCGAACACCCCGCGGAGAACGCUGCAGCGGCUGAGGCCCCAGACGUUCCCCCUGAUCCUGCAGAAGAACUGGAGCUGGAUAACGAAGAUGAGGAAGACGGAGGAGCUGAAGAUGUGGCAGAUGCCAACAAUGGAGCACAGGAUGAUAUGAACUGGAAUGCCCUGGAAUGGGAUCGUGCAGCAGAGGAGCUUACAUGGGAGCGGAUGCUUGGACUUGAUGGAUCCCUGGUUUUCCUGGAGCAUGUCUUCUGGGUGGUUUCGCUAAACACACUCUUCAUCCUGGUGUUUGCUUUCUGCCCUUACCAUAUCGGCCAUUUCUCAGUGGUGGGACUUGAUUUUGAAGAAUAUGUUCAUGCCUCACACUUUGAGGGACUCAUCACCACUAUAGUUGGUUAUGUCCUUUUAGCCAUCACACUCAUCGUAUGCCAUGGAUUUGCGGCACUAGUGAGAUUUCAAAGAUCACGUCGUUUGUUAGGAGUCUGCUACAUUGUGGUGAAGGUGUCUCUGUUAGUGGUCGUAGAGAUUGGCGUGUUCCCCCUCAUCUGUGGCUGGUGGCUUGAUAUCUGCUCUCUGGAAAUGUUUGAUGCCUCAUUAAAAGACAGAGAGCUGAGUUUUGAAUCAGCUCCAGGGACCACCAUGUUCCUUCAUUGGUUGGUGGGGAUGGUCUACGUCUUCUAUUUUGCUUCUUUUAUUCUUCUUCUCAGAGAGGUUCUUAGGCCUGGAGUCUUGUGGUUUCUCAGAAACCUGAACGAUCCAGAUUUUAACCCAGUGCAGGAAAUGAUUCACCUACCAAUAUACAGACACCUGAGACGAUUCAUACUAUCAGUGGUUGUAUUCGGCUCAAUCGUUCUUCUCAUGUUGUGGCUUCCUAUCCGGAUAAUCAAACACAUCUUAUCAUCAUUUCUUCCCUACAAUGUGAUGCUUUAUAGUGAUGCUCCAGUGAGUGAAUUAUCUCUCGAGUUGCUGUUGCUGCAGGUUGUUCUUCCUGCUUUGUUGGAACAGGGACACACACGGCAGUGGCUCAAAGGUCUGGUUAGAGCCUGGACAGUGACCGCUGGGUACUUACUAGACUUGCACUCUUAUUUGCUGGGAGACCAGGAAGACAAUGAAAACAAUGCUAACCAGCAGGCCAACAACAACCAGCAGCAGCCACGUAACAAUGCCAUUCCUGUGGUGGGAGAGGGACUGCACGCUGCCCAUCAGGCCAUACUGCAGCAGGGAGGCCCAGUGGGUUUUCAGCCCUAUCACCGCCCCAUGAAAUUCCCUCUAAGGAUUGUAUUGCUAAUACUGUUCAUGUGUGUGACGCUGCUUUUGGCCAGCUUGGUGUGUCUUACAUUACCAGUGUUUACAGGCCGCUGGCUUAUGUCCUUCUGGACGGGCAGUGCUAAGAUCCAUGAGUUGUACACUGCAGCAUGUGGGCUGUAUGUGUGCUGGCUGUCCAUCAGAGCAAUUACAGUGCUGCUGGCUUGGAUGCCUCAGGGCCGCAGAGUCAUUCUGCUGAAAGUCCAGGAGUGGACCCUUAUGAUCAUGAAGACUCUGAUUGUUGCCGUGCUGUUGGCUGGAGUGAUUCCUCUGCUCUUGGGACUGCUUUUUGAGCUGGUAAUUGUAGCUCCUCUUAGAGUUCCACUGGAUCAGACACCUCUCUUCUACCCCUGGCAGGACUGGGCCUUAGGAGUGCUACAUGCCAAAAUCAUUGCUGCCAUCACCCUCAUGGGUCCCCAGUGGUGGCUAAAGACAGUUAUUGAGCAGGUGUACGCCAAUGGAAUCCGGAACAUUGACCUUCAUUUCAUCAUCAGGAAGCUGGCUGCACCGGUCAUUGCUGUGCUGCUGCUUUCUCUCUGUAUCCCCUACGUGAUCGUUGUAGGCAUCGUCCCCCUCCUUGGGGUCACUAUGGAGAUGCAGAAUCUGGUGCAGAGGAGAAUCUACCCCUUCCUCCUGAUGGUAGUGGUGCUGAUGGGAAUACUCUCUUUCCAAAUCCGACAAUUCAAGCGCCUUUAUGAACACAUCAAGAACGACAAGUACCUUGUCGGACAGAGACUUGUAAAUUAUGAACGCAAGGCUGGCAAGCCCAACAAUACUACCACACAUAGCAGUUCAGUGCAGGAGUAGAGAGCUUGGGAACACUUUGUAGUCACUGUUUUUAUGUGCAAGAGAGCGAGCGAGCAUGUAUUGCGUGAAUGACUGAAUGGGCCUCCCUCUCCUGCUCUCUCUGCUUACCUGUCACAUCCACUAAGACUCUAAAAACUGACCUGAGUUCUCUGACCCUGCCAGCAAAAGGGGCAAAAGAGCCAUGUAUAUAAAUGGGGAGAAAAGAGUCAAAUCCUAAAAACCAACCAACCAUGGAUUAAAAAGAAUCACUCAAAAAAAAAAAAAA